CUGUGGCAUUACAAUACCCAGGCAUCUCCAGUCAAACUUUUAUGACAAAAUCCCAAAAGAUCAAUACGGUCUCACCAUGCUGGGGUCUCGUGUGUGCCUCUCGUGGCCUCUCCUCUUGCCCCUCCGGCAGGUAGGUACAACCACAGCCAGGACGAUGACUGCAGCCAGAAACCCAGAGCUGCUGUCUACCACUCUGGCCUUUGAAGACCCCAGGGCCUUUCAGGUGAAGACCAUGGGAGAGCUACUGCGUGCACUGGGCGUCUUCCGCCUCUGCUCCUUCCCUUGGCUGGUCAAUAACUGUGGCACGUUGAUGUCCAUUGCUCGGAGAAUCCUGGGAAAGAGAGGCUUUUCCCUGUUUGUGCGACCCACAGUGUAUGCACAGUUUGUGGCUGGAGAGAACGAGACAGAGAUAUCCCACUCCAUGCAGAAGAUGAGUUUGUUGGGACUGAGGCCGAUGCUGGCAGUUCCCAUUGAGGAAGAUCUGGGAGAAAGCACUGGGGAGAAGAGGUAUGAGGACAACAUGGAGACUAUGCUGGAGUGUGUCCGCAUGUCCCACGGUAACGCAUGGAGCAAAGACCCCAUGAUGCAGCUGAAAGUUACUGCUCUGCUCAGUCCAGAGUUGUGUGUGAAGCUUACGACACUUUUGGCACAACAACCAUAUGACCUUAAUCAGCUGGUCAGAGCCAUGGACGGAGAGCCAUUCAGUUUCCAUGGUUUAGAUGAGAAGGAGAAUGCACAUUUACUUUGUGGACUGAGACGACUCAACAAAAUUGCAGAGGCCAGUGUUAACAAAGUUCGAGUCUUGGUUGACGCAGAGUACACCUACAUGAACCCAGCCCUCUCUCUGGUUACCAUAGCAAUGAUGAAAAAAUUUAACAAAAAUGGUGCCUGGAUUUGGAACACAUACCAAUGUUAUCUCAAGGAGUCCAGGUCCCUGAUCCAAGAAGCCAUCAGUCUUUCAAAAAAGGAGGGAUUCUGCCUGGGGGUCAAACUUGUGAGAGGAGCCUAUAUGGAUAAAGAGCGGAAACUUGCACAGAAGGAGGGCAGACAAGACCCUAUUCAUAACUCCUGGGAAAAUACGAAUGACAGUUAUAAUGACUCACUUAAUGCCAUGCUGGAGAUGAUCUCACAACAACCUGAACGCUACAGAAUCAUUGUGGCCACACACAACGAGAAGUCAGUCAGACUGGCUGUACAAAGGAUGGAAGAGCUAAGCAUAGACAAAGACAGUGGCUCAGUUUGUUUUGGUCAGUUGCUGGGCAUGUGCGACCACGUCUCCCUUACUCUGGCUAAAGAGGGUUAUGCCAUUUACAAGUCUGUACCGUACGGCUCUGUGGAUGACACCCUCCCAUACCUGGUGCGUAGGGCUCAGGAGAAUCGCACGGUACUGCAGGGAAUCCGCAAAGAGAGAGACCUCCUAAGGCAGGAGCUGCGCCGAAGACUGAGACACAGACUGAACACUGCAUAAGCCAAAAACACUAUGAACUCUUUUAAAAUGAAUGAAUGAUGGUGUACUUUCUUCAUAUUUUGAACUCCAAAGUAUUUUCAGUAUUUUCUCCUGCCUGUAGUUGUACCUUUAUUGUAAGGCUGCAGAAGCUCAAAU